UGUGUCUCUAGUUGUUGUAAAUAAUGUUCAAGUUGUUCGAUAUGUAAUAGCCAAGAAUUUUUUCCAAAUUCUUCUAAGAGUCGAAGAUUUUCGAUUCUUCCUUUUAAAAACUCUGAUGCAACUAAACUCUUAUUUAUUGCAUGGAUCCAUAAUUUUUUAUCGGAUGUUACAGGCUCUUUAAAAGAUGUAUAACGUGAUAAAUCAAUAACAUCAAAUGACGGGUUCCAUUCAGUAUAUUUGCAAACUAAUGGGUGAAGAGGCUGAUCCACUGGAACUUCUUCGGCAAUAAGCAUAUCUAUUUCUGUUUUUUCUUUUUUAGAUAAAUUUCCGUCAUAAUCUAUAUAGAUUUAUUAGAACUUGACAUAAAACUAUAUAAAAAUUAUAUAGGCAUCCUACAUGGUAAAGAAUCAUGAAUAUAUAUAUUUACCAUUUUUUAAAAUUAAAAAUAUCGUCGAAUUUUAAAAUUUAUAAUUAUGAAACUACUAGAUUUAUUAUUUUUAACGUUGAUUUUUUUAGGAUAUAAAGCAAUUUUUAUUUUAGUUUGUACUUUAUCAUCUUUUUUAAAUGUUUAUGAUACUUCAACUUCAUUCGUUUUAAAACAACCCAAAAAUAUUUUACAACGAAUCAUAACAUCAUUAGUACGAUGGGAUAAUAUAUAUUUCGUGACAUUAGCGCAUCGUGGAUUAUUAUUUGAACAAGAAUGGGCAUUUGGUCCAGGGUUUCCUUAUCUUGUUCGUUUAUUUACAGACAACAUAUUUUUAGAUAAAUCCCUUUAUAAUUAUGCACUUGCUUCAAUUAUUAUCUCGCAUUUGUUUCACUUUUUUUCUAUUUUUAUUCUUUACCAUCUUACUUUUAAAAUUUAUAAGUCACGAGAUAUAGCAAUAGUUACUUCACUUCUUUAUCUAAUAUCCCCUUCUGGAAUAUUUCUUUCAGCUGGAUAUUCUGAAAGUUUAUUUUCGUUUGUCACAUUUCUUGGCUUCUUUUUUUUUGAAGAGGGUUAUAAUUUUUUAGCAGCAUUAACAUGGUGUAUAGCAUCAACAAUUAGAAGUAAUGGUGUUCUUUGGUCCAUUUUUUUCUUGAACUCUGUAUUUAUAUAUAUAUAUAAGUUCUUGAAAUCUCCAAGAUUCUAUUUAUUUUUUAAAAUAGUGAAAUUUGGAAUCUGUAGUAUAAUUGUUUGUACUGGUUUUUUUUGGAUCCAAUAUCAUGCUUAUAUUAAAUUUUGCUGGCAAAAGAAACAACGUAUUUGGUGUUCCAAAACAAUUCCUUCUAUAUACUCAUUUGUUCAAAGUUAUUAUUGGAAUAUUGGCUUUUUUAAAUAUUUUACGGUGCCUCAGAUUCCGAAUUUUAUAUUAGCAUUUCCUUCUAUUUAUCUUUCUAUAAGAUCAGGAACUUAUUCUUUAAUGAAUAAAAAUAGAGUUCAAAAAUUUACUAGAAAAUUAGAUCUUUAUUAUAUUGCACAAUUAUUAUUGACUAUAUUAUGUAUAUGUGUCAUGCAUAUUCAAAUAUUUACCAGAAUGAUUUCUUGUUUACCAGGCAUAUAUUGGUGGUUAGCUAAUUAUUUAUUAAAUAUUCGAUCAUGUUUUUAUUUAAAUAAAGUAUCUAAUAAAAAAAAGGAUAAAUCUAUAUAUUGGAUAAAAGUUUGGGUUCUAUAUGGCAUGGUUCAAGCUGUUUUGUUUGGUGCAUUUUUGCCUCCUGCAUGACUCAAAGAGUUAGCAAUAUUAAUUAAAUAUAUAAUCUUA